GAGUGCAAGUAUUGAAUAUUCAUCUAAGUUCUUGCAUGCAAACAUGAGAUAAUAAUACGUGCUGCAGCCAAGGAUGACUUGCCGUCAUCAACCAACUUCUCCUCCUCUUCGAUCGGUAUAACUUUAUUUUUAUUUUUAAUUUUAUUACUAGAGAGAAUAGGAUUUGAAACUAUUACAAAAAUUUAAGAAAGAUGAGUGUUUCAAAUCCGAAACGCAUGGGUGGUAUCUGAACACUCUAAACCGUUAUAACUUAUUAUGAUGCAAGAAAAUUAGUCCAAAGCAUAGGUUAGGAUUUGUUUUGCUACGAUCGUUAGCUCUAAAAGCGUGGAUUGGUGGCAAUUAGGAAGAGGUAGGUGUAUUUCGAGCAGAGAUAACCGGCAAGUUGUCCGUGGCUACAUGUCUAUCUCAUGUUUGCAUGUUAGAUCUCUACGAUGAUAAACGAAACGGCGAGGGAAGAGGCCAAGAUUGAUCCAACAUGCCAUGGCUUAAGUAAGUUUUCUCGAUCUGUUUCGCUAAUCCUCGUGCGAUCAGGGUUGUAAUUAUUUAAUUAGUACCAUACUUUGAUUAAAUAAGCUAACUAGCUGACGUGCUUUGUAUUUGUUAUAGCAUUUUCGGUUUGGUGGAUUUGGAUCUAGGACUAGACUUGUUUCUCACACGAUAGAUCUAAGUUAGGCCAGUUAAUUAAGGUAAGGUGAACGUCCCCCUACAUCUAAGUUGGACUCACCCUUCCAACAAGUUAGAAUAAUUUAAAAUACCGCUUUGUCACCAAAAAGAAAAAGAAAUAUACAUGUUUGGAACAUAAGCACCAAACCCACUAAAACAGUGACAACAUUCUCCACAGCAUUUCCAGAUGACUUCAUGAUCCUAGCUCAUUGGCCAUUUUCCUAGUACCUGGACAUGUCACCAGAAUCUCUAGAAACCUAUGUCCCAAGAUUUCAUGGUAUUAUCUGUUCAUUGUUGGAGUUGGAGAAAUGAUCCUCAUGGUUCAGAAUAAUAUAUACACAGCAAGUGCAGCAGGUAAAAAUAAAAUAACAUAUCUUGUAGCCUAUCAGAGGUUUGCACAUGGCAUGCUUAGACAAACAUAGGUUGCACUCCGACAUGCACAUUAGCAUAUAUAAGCAUGCCUUCCCCCGUUUCUCCAGAGCAGAACCACCCACUGUAGAGCUCAGCUUCAAAGAAUAUAGCUGAGAAAAAAACAUGAAGGCAGGAGGAGGACCAGUUGUUAAGUUUACUGAAGCCUCGAAACCGAUCCCGAAAAUCAAGGCGAGCAGAGUACUCGCUGUUCUAGACUUCACUCUUCGAGUCGUUGCAGUCCUCGGAACAUUAGCUAGUGCCAUAGCUAUGGGAACUAGCAGGGAAACACUUCCCUUCGCCACGCGGUUUAUUCGCUUCAGGGCUCGGUACAAGGAUCUUCCCACGUUAACGUUCUUUGUGAUGACCAAUUCAAUCGUAUGUGCCUACCUUGUGCUUUCCCUUCCUGUAUCUAUUGUCCAUAUCAUCUGGACUGCAGCAGUAAACAGUAGGAUCAUCUUGAUCAUCUCGGACACGGUGAUGAUGGGGCUUGUUACUGCCGGAGCUUCAGCAGCUACAGCCAUAGUGUACCUGGCGCACUACGGGAACCCCAGCACCAACUGGUUCGCAUUCUGUCAGCAGUUCAACAGCUUCUGUGGGCGCAUUUCGGGGUCUCUCAUUGGCUCCUUCAUUGCCAUAACUGUACUUCUACUGCUAAUCAUCAUGUCAUCGGUGGCAAUUUCUCGACGCUGAUGUGCUGCAAGCAACUGUUGGCGAUGAAUGCCAUCUAUUCGUGGGAAUACAAAUAUAUGGAUUUGCAAGUGUGUUACGUACCUUGUGUAAAUUUAAUUAAACUGUAAACCAUA